GUGUACCAAUGCCCUCCCAAGCACUCGAGGCAGAUGAGGAUUUGCAGCUAUGGAAAGAGAUAGAUGAUGCGUGCUCUGCCCACGUGUCCAGAGAUACUGAGCCUCAGGCAUCCAGUGCACUGGAAGAGCUUUGUUUUAUGGUGAUGGGAUUUCUCCAGAAACCACAGGGCUUAGAUGAAAAAGACAACACCAAAAGGUUCUUAUUUCAUUAUUCUAAGACUCAUGACUCAGGCAACUCAGACAUCAUGUCGUCUGUCCUGCAUCCUUUGCUGCAACUCGUUCCCCAGCUUAAUGAGAGAAGACUGAAGAGAUACAAAGUGGACGAAGAACUUCAAGGUCCUGGAGGGAUUCAAAGUAGAGGCUACUUUUUCUACAGGCCACGCAACGGAAGGAGAUCAGUGGAUUUUCGCUAA